CAUCGUAUAUAUACCCUCAGAUUAGAGAUGUUCGAUCUCUGGAGAACAGGAGGCAGCAAUGGACUGCUGCAUCUGUGGUCCCAUGGCCAAUUAUUUCAAGCCUCCGAGGAACUCCAUCUGCUCCAGCUGCUAUGAGGGAGCCAAAGGAAUCAUGGCUUUCAUCGACGAGCUCGACGGCGAUCGAGAUGCCGGCUUUCCUACAACUUCCCAGGGCUUGAAACCCAAUAUAUCCAAGGGGCUAUUAAUUGCUUUCAAGUGGGUGAGGAAGAUGAAAGAAAGGGAGGAAGAACUGAAUGAGAAGUUGAAAUUUCUAGAUUGUCUUGUGUUGGCACUGAGGGAUGGGAUUCACACGGACAUUAUGGUGAAGCCAGGCACAGGGGCUCCCUUAGCUGCCCAUAGAGCUCUGCUGGCCACGAAGUCUGAAAUCUUCAGAACCAUGCUGGGCUCGGAUGAAUGCAAAGCCCCAGCAGAGGACACCAUCUCGCUCCCCGAGCUCAGCCAUGAUGAGCUCAAAUGCCUCCUGGAGUUCCUCUACACUGGAAGUCUGCCCCAGGAGAGCACGGACAAGCACUUGUAUUCUAUGUUAGUAGCAGCAGAUAAGUAUGACAUCCCUUUCCUCAGAAAGGUGUGCGAGCACCAGAUACUAGACUCGUUGGACUCAUCAAAUGCACUCGAUAUCCUUGAGGUGUCGGAUGUCUGUUCUAAUAGAAUACUGAAGGAUCGCGCUAUGAACUCCAUUGUCGAGCAUGCGGAGGACGUGGUGUUCUCCACAAGAUACGAUGAAUUUGCUCUAAAGAAUGCUCAUCUGUGCGUGGAGAUCACAAGGGCAUUGCUGAGGGAGAUGAAGGAUAAAAAAGAUCAUGAGAUGUCUGGUUGAGUUGGAGAAAUUUUUGGCUUCAAGGCUACUUGAUGUUGAAAGGGACAUAGAAGAUCAAAUAAGGGGAGAAUGUAGACUCGAAGCUUAAUAGCAACAGAGAAAUGAGUGAUGAAUUCUCACCUAAUUACAUGAAGAAAUCGUGUAUUGAAAUUAAUAGACAUUAUUAUUACAGUAGUUCUUUUUA